AUGAAGUUCUCCACCAUUGCCGCGCUGUUCAGCGCCACUGCCCUCGUCGCUGCUCACCCCGAGAAGCAUGAGCAUACCGAGGACGCCGUCCAGCAUGCGCGUGACUUGGUUGGCCGCAGCUCCGACAAGUGCGCUGCUGCAAUUGAGAAGCGCAAGGCCGAAUUCAUGGAGAAGCGCAAGCGCAGCCUCUACAAGCGCCAGGUGCGCGACGGCCGCAUUCACGAGAAGCGCGAUGUGUCCGAGAUGGAGAAGCGCUCCAUCUACCCCACCAUCCAGAACAACACGUGCAUCCUGGCCGAAGACACCAUCUGGGGCCCGUACGGCAUCGACGGCGAGAUCCUCCGCCACGAUCUCCGCGAGACCCAAGAGGGCCUCGACUUCUACCUCGACAUCGGCCUCCUGGACGUCGAGACGUGCGAGCCCCUGUCCGGCGCCGCCGUGACCAUCUGGAACUGCAACGCCACGGGCUCGUACUCGUCCUACACGGGCAUCGACCCGGAGACGGCCGAGCUGCUGGACGGCUGGGAGAAGCGCGAGGACGGCACGACCGACGACGAGACGUUCCUGCGCGGCAUCCAAAAGUCCGACUCGGAGGGCAUGGUCGAGUUCCUGACCAAGUUUCCCGGAUACUACGUCACGCGCACCACGCACAUCCACCUGACGGUGCAGGCCGACGUGAGCAACGGCACCUCGUACAGCGCGUCGGCCGUCCAGCACAUCGGCCAGCUCUUCUUCGAGGAGGACAUCAUCAACACCGUCUACCAGCUGUCGCCCUACUCGGCCCACCUGUCCACCCUCAACCGCACCACCAACGACGAGGACUCCCUCCUCACCACCACCGGCACCAACGGCGCCAGCCCCAUGAUCUCCAUCGAGUACCUCGGCGACGACAUCAGCGACGGCCUCGUCGGCUACAUCACUGUUGGCGUUAACAAGACUGCCGCCGGCAUCGCCACUACCGGCAUGAGCGUCAACCCCCAGGGCUUCAUUCCUACUGUUUCCGUUGCUGAUUCGGUCCGUGCUGCUGCCACUUCCGUUGAUGCCGCUGCUGGCUACAAGAGGGUCUAG